CUCCUGGGCUCAAGUGAUCUGCCUGCCUUGGCCUCCCAAAGUGCUGGGAUUAUAGGUGUGAGCCACCAAGAUUGGCCAAUAAAAUCCUACUAAAAUGCUGACAUAAGAAAACAUAGUAAAUCAAUUUAUAAAAUUUCCUAGAACAGUAAACAUAUCUAUACAAAUUUAAAAAUAUUUAAAUGGUGAUAAAUUUGAAAGUACAUUUUACCUUACAGUGAAACACAAAUUAAUGUUUUCAAUUUGUAAAACUUCAGAUAAAUCAAUAAGAUAAAAACUAUUACCACAAAAAAAGCAACGAAUAAAGAUUCUAAAAAGUUAAUCUUCAAAAGGAGAUGUGCACAUGAAAUAUCAAAAGUGUUUAUUCAGGCUUUUAAAAGCAAUGAAAAUUAUGACAGCUAUAAUAUCUCAUGAUUACUACACAAUUGGGAUAUAAUUAUGUUAGGUAGGUAGAUCUCUGGGGAAAAGUCACCCUGGAACUGUAAACAACAGAAAAAGUUCGGGAAUUUGGAUCUUUUGAACCACCAUGCAAAGAUGAUGAAUGAGACAGUGAGGCUGAACUGGAGAGCACCAACAAAUUUUCCAGGAUCGUUAUGGAUCAUGGAAAAUUUUGAGUUGAGAGUGAGCAGUUGGGAGUGUCUCUCAAUUACUGGUGAGGGAAAAGAAUAAGUCAGUCCUCCUUCUUUCUUCAUAUGUAUAAAUAUGGGUUCCAGAAAGACGCUGGGCUCUUCUCAGGAGGGUUCAGAUAAGAAACACUAAGGAAAUGCAUGCAUGCUUAUGAAGAACUUGUCAUUGGUCUCUUCCUGUUGUUUUGUGCUCAUCAAGGGAACUCAAAAUCCCAAGAGCAAUUCCAUCUUCUGAGACAUAAAUCAAGUUAAGUUCCUACCCACGUUCAUUUGCAUUCCCUGCACUUCCACUAGUUUGGUCCUUGAAUAGAAAGGGACCACUCUUUCUUAACACCAUGUAUCUGUUCUUUGAGUGGUAUCUUGCAAACUUGGCACCUGUACGCAGCGUGUGGAAAGUGACAAACUGGGGCAAAAACUCAGAUGAGUUUUACUAUUGAAAUGAAUCACAUACUAUAAGGUGAGUUCUUAGAAAUGCAGAUUUAACUUGUUUUCUCGCUUUCCCUCUUUUAUCUCAAACUUCCAUUCAGACAAUUAGAGAAUUGUUAAGACUUUGUUAUAAAAUCAGUUAGAUAGUUAGAUAGACAGAUGGAUAGAGACAAAGUCACUACAUAUACUACUAUACACCAAUAUUCAAGUCAAACAUUGACCCUGUGGAUUGAAACUCUUGCUUUAGAUCUCAGGCUACGUUAGACUUCACUGGAUGAGCAUUUUCACAUUCCAUCAAAACCGAUCAUGAAGCUCCGCUGUGGAUUGGUCCUCUUGGUACAGUAGAAAUUUCAAAGUAAUGCUGGUUCCAUUUUAAAAGUUCUGAUAUGCAUGCUGGUGAUUACAGGAGCCUCCUUUCUGCUAUUUAUUUACAUAUUUGACAAACCUUAUUAUAAUGUAGCUUAAGCCACAUUCCCUGGAGGUAUUUCCUCUGGGCUUUGAGAAGAGCAGAGACUAUAGUUUCUCUCAUACUGAUGAACAAGUUUCAUAGUGUUCUCCUACUGAACAAUCAGUAAGAAUCCUGAACUAAUACAACAUUUUGUAUGAAGUAAAAAAUCUUACUUCUGCCUCAAUUUCCAUCAUACAGAAUCCCAGCUUCUCUUGACAUGAAGGUGACAUAGGCCCCUCUUCUUGCAUUGGUCCCAUUUUUUCCUGUUUCAUGUUCUAGGUCUUAAUUAAGAGACACAGACUUGACGGAAUGGUCUUCUUUUGUGAGGUCAUUCAUUACCUGGAUUUAUGAGAAUGAAGAGUAGAGGAAGAUGGUGGGGCGCCAACAUGUGCUAUCUAACAAAGUUAAUGUUAGAAUAUAUUUAGAAACCUAGGGUAGGAGGAGUACGCAAGACAGCUGGCACCUACCCAGUAGGUUGUGUUUGGGAGAGCACAUAUGAAUGCCAUGUUCUCAGAAUCACAUAGGAAGUGUUCUAGGGUAACAGAAAUGGGGGUGGGGAAAGUCAUGUAUGAAACUUGGUGCUCUCUGGAUCAUUUGGGAGGUGGGAGGUUGUGGGAAUCCCACUACAGAGUUAUGCUGAGAUUCUUACCUGCUCUGAGAGACCUAGGAGAAGCCCUUUAAAAGCAGGCAGCAGUGAGGACAUCAGUAACAGUAUCAGGCAUACGAUAGUACAAAAAGACCUAGCUCUUAGAUUCAGAAGGAUGCUCUGAAAACACUAAAAGAAUAUAUGUACUCUUUUUCUCUCUAAGAUCAAAAACAGCAAUUCUGUAAUACUGCCGCAAGGCACAAUGUGGUAAGACUCACUCAUUUAUUGAGCAGUUAUUACCUGCCAGUCACAGUACUUCGUGCUUUAAAUGUAUCAUCUUAUUUAAUGCUUAUAAUUUCUCAGUGAGGCAGGUGAUGUUAGUAAUGCCAAAUAACAUAAGAGGAAACUAGAAAAUGAUUUACUUGUACUGUUCAGUUUUCAAAUAUUCCUUGCUACUAAUGAUUAAAUUCUUCGUGUUUUGUUUUUUUUUUUAAGUUUUCCCAUGAGCAAGCAGCAAAAAUAGAAUGUGGUGGGUAGAAUUCCAAGCAGCCUUCAAGAUUCUUGCCCACUGGUAUACACUUUCUAUUUAAUAACCUUUUUUAAGUAUGCCUGGGACCUGUUAAUAAGAUGAGAUAUCACCCCUUUGACUGCAUUACAUAACAUUAUAUAACAUUUUGUUAUAGCAAACUGGAGAGAGUUUAUCUUGUUGGUUUCAAAGAAGUAACCUGUCGUGUUCUAAGAAGACCAAGUAGCUAGGACUUUCUAGGACCUAGGGUGACCACUAUAAGCUGACAGUGAUAUGUCCUGCCAACAAACAGCAAGAAAACUGGGACCUCAGUCCUAAAACUACAAGGAAUUAAAUCAUGCACACAACCCCCUUAAGGUUGGAAGAUGAUCCCCAGACUCAGAUGAGAUUGCAGCCCCUGGUGAUACGUUGAUUAAAACCUGGUGAGACCCUGAACAGGGAACCCAGCUGACCUGACCCUGACCCACAGAGAAGGGUGAGAGACCAACGGUGAGGAGAAAUGUCUAACACCAGCCUCGUGACAGCAUUCAUCCUCACAGGCCUUCCCCAUGCCCCAGCACUGGACGCCCCAUUCUUUGGAAUCUUCCUGGUCAUUUAUGUGCUCACUGUGCUGGGGAACCUCCUCAUCCUGCUGGUGAUCAGGGUGGAUUCUCACCUCCACACCCCCAUGUACUCCUUCCUCACCAACCUGUCCUUCAUUGACAUGUGGUUCUCCACUGUCACGGUGCCCAAAAUGUUGAUGACCUUGGUGUCCCCAAGCGGCGGGGCUAUCUCCUUCCACAGUUGCCUGACUCAACUCUACUUUUUCCACUUCCUGGGGAGCACCGAGUGUUUCCUCUACACGGUCAUGUCCUAUGAUCGCUACCUGGCCAUCAGUUACCCGCUCAGGUACACCCGCAUGAUGAGUGGGCGCACGUGUGCUCUCCUGGCCAUCGGCACUUGGCUCAGUGGCUCUCUGCACUCUGCUGUCCAGACCAUAUUGACUUUCCAUUUGCCCUACUGUGGACCCAACCGGAUCCAGCACUACUUCUGUGACGCACCGCCCAUCCUGAAACUGGCCUGUGCAGACACCUCAGCCAAUGAGAUGGUCAUCUUUGUGGACAUUGGGAUAGUGGCCUCGGGCUGCUUUCUCCUGAUAGUGCUGUCCUAUGUGUCCAUCGUCUGUUCCAUCCUGCGGAUCCACACCUCAGAGGGGAGACUCAGAGCCUUUCAGACCUGUGCCUCCCACUGUAUCGUGGUCCUUUGCUUUUUUGUUCCCUGUGUUGUCAUUUACCUGAGACCAGGUUCCAGGGAUGUUGUGGAUGGAGUUGUGGCCGUUUUCUACACUGUGCUGACGCCCCUUCUCAACCCUAUUGUGUACACCCUGAGAAACAAGGAAGUGAAGAAAGCUGUGUUGAAACUGAGAGACAAAGUAGCAUAUUCUCAGGAAGAAUAAAUACUAGGAAGUAGAUACACUAGUUUGUUUUAAAAUAGUAAUAUAAUUUAGUUAUUCCUGUGAAAUUGAUUAUAUGUAUAGUUCUGUGUUAAACAUUAUUCCAAAACACCUGCACAGUUAUAAUUCUUCCACAAAUUUUCUAAGAGAGUUUUAACAUCACAGCUAGACUUGUAUUUAUGAGGAAUAUGCUUAUAUUCUGAUUUAUUGAUUCAUUUCUCAUCAAUAGGUUCAUAUUAAUUUAAAAAAAUAUUUUAAUAGAAUCUCCAAGAUAGAUGGUCGAGUCAUUCAUGUUUACAACUUGAUAAAAAGCUUUUGUGUUUUGUUUGAUUUCUUGUGCACACAAACUUAACAAUUUACCAUUAUGGAGACAUUGUUCAAAAAUAGCAACAAAUAUUUGAGGUCAUUUUUCUAAUUGUGGUUGUAGCUGUUCAAAUUUCUUUUUGGUUUUAAUGUAUUUGUAUAUACAAAUCUAAACAUGUAUACAAAAGAAAGUAUGUAACAUUUAGCCUAUUGAACAUACAGGUUUUCACAUAUUUAUGUAUGCAUAUGUAUCUGUCUAUUUACAUAUAUGUAUCUGAAAACAUUUCUAGAAACACUAUUUUUAAUGGGCAAAAAUAGCAAGCUAUUAAUAUUUAAAUAUUAUCAGUGAAUCAAAUAGAAAUUGUGUGUUCACAGAAUAGAUUAUCAUCCAGCAAUGAUAAUGUACGAUCUACAGCUACAUAUACAAUAGUUUAUGCACUUAUCACAAACACCCAUUUUUUUAUGUUUGUUAAGAUUCAAUAUAAAACAUUAAAUCUCUUAAAUAUCUAGAUCACUUGGGGCUGUUUUGUCCCCCAGUUCAUUUGGUAAUGUCUGGAAAUAUUCUUGCUUGUCACAGGCGCUGGCAUCUAGUGACUAGAGGUCAGGGGUAUUAAACAUUCCACAGUGCACAGGAGAGACCCUCACAACAAAGCUUAUCAUGGCCAAAAUGUUGAUAGUGCUAAGGAUGGGAAACCCAGAGCUGAAUUUAAUUUUAAGUAACAUGUGUAAGACCACGACAAUAGAAAUAAAAUAUUUUCAGAUAAAUAUAACAUUUCCUGAACAAAUUUAAGAUUACAACGGGCACACAGAGGCUCAUAUUUUUAAAAUUCCAAUUCUAUUCAAAUAGAUCUAUACAUUCAAUACUAUUCCAAGUAAAAUCCCAGCAUUUGAUUUUACAGCAAUGGACGUGUGGAUCCUAAAGUGUGGAUUGAAUAAGUCCCAAAAUGG